CACACAAAAAACUAACGCUCCUCAACCAUCUCUUCACUAAGUGCCGUCGCCAUAUGGCUCUGGAAGCUUCCAUAGACCACCGCAACCACGCGCCGCCGUACACGGCCAACGGUGCUGCAACCGCCUCCCCCGAAGUGGCCUUGCCUCCAAGUAGAGUCUUGGCCACUCACCGGCUCAGGCUCAACCCGAGCUCCAACCACAAUCCCGAUAGCUAUGAUGACCUGGCGCUGGAGUUCACUCCUCAUCUCUUUAGCUCGCUUGAACGGUACUUGCCUCCUAAUAUGCUUUCCAUGUCACGUGAUUCAAAACUCCAGUACAUGCGCGAUAUUCUCGUCAGAUACUCGCCGGACGGUGAACGGACACGUCUUCAAAAGCAUAGAGAAUACAGGCAGAAGAUCAUAUCAAACUAUCAGCCUCGCCACCGGCAGCUGUAUACUAUGCAAGCUGUAAAUUUCUUUGGACCCUCUUUUCUCCAGGCAAUUAACGAGAAUACUGAGGAGGGUUUUAGAAGAAUAAUUUCUGAACCCAUUCCAGGAAUUUAUACGUUUGACAUGUUUCAACCACGUUUCUGUGAAAUGUUGUUAUCUGAGGUAGAUAACUUUGAAAGAUGGGUACAUGAGACAAAAUUCAAAAUCAUGCGACCAAACACAAUGAACAAAUUUGGGGCUGUGCUUGAUGACUUCGGCCUAGACACCAUGCUUGACAAAUUGAUGAAUGACUUCAUACGUCCUAUGUCCAAAGUACUCUUUCCUGAAGUUGGUGGAUCAACACUGGAUUCUCAUCAUGGUUUUGUUGUUGAAUAUGGAAUGAAUAGGGAUGUUGAACUUGGUUUCCAUGUGGAUGACUCAGAAGUCACCUUGAAUGUUUGCUUGGGCAAGGAAUUUACUGGUGGUGAAUUGUUCUUUCGAGGUGUUCGAUGUGAUAACCAUGUGAAUUCAGAAACUCAGCCAGAGGAAAUUUUAGAUUAUUCGCAUGUUCCAGGGCGUGCAGUUCUUCAUCGUGGUCGCCACCGACAUGGUGCUAGAGCCACAACGUCUGGUUGGCGGGUCAACUUACUAUUAUGGUGCAGAAGUUCUGUCUUUCGUGAGCUAAAGAAAUAUCAGAAAGAUUGUUCAAGCUGGUGUGCAGAGUGCCAACGUGAAAAGAAAGAAAGGCAGCGUCUGUCAAUUGUUGCAACCAAACAGGAACUUCUGAAGAGGGAAGGAACUUCCACUUCUUGAGCAGGCCUUGUUUGUGGGGUAGGAGGAGUGAGCGAAGAUUCUACAUCUGUCACCGUGUUUCUUUUUCAGGUUAGCUAUACAGUUUAGUCUACUCAAGUUGAUUAUCAUCUUACAUUGUUGGUUAUUUUGAUAAAAAAAUGGAACAUCUUCGGUGCUGCUAUGGCCAUUAUGUUCUUUUGUGAUGUAUCAUAAAUGUAAGAUGAUUUUUCUGCGAAUGAAAAUAGUGCAAUUACUCUCAA